UUGCGAGUUCCGUCGACGCUUGAUUACGAUUGUGCUGGGCGCUUUCAACAACAUAAAAUAUUAAAAAAUUAAUUUCGUUGGAAAUGGCAGCACAUCUCAAAAAGCGAGUUUACGAGGAAUUCUCCAAAGUUGUUCAGCUUCCCCAAGAGGAGGCUCCAGCCAAGAAGCUCCGUCUGACCAAGCCGAGUAAGUCUGCAGCUCUGCAUAUUGACCUGUGUAAGGCCUCCAACCCCACUGAUGCCCUGCAGUACCUGCUGCACUUCGCCCGCAGCUCCGUGGAGGCAGAGAGUGUGGAAGGGGUUGUGCGCAUACUGCUGGAACACUACUACAAGGAGCAGGAUAACUCUGUGCGGCUGAAGAUUGCCUCUCUGAUCGGCCUGCUAAGUAAGACCCAGAACUUCAACCCUGAGAGUAUCCUAGAUGACACCCUCAACACAUUCAACACAGAGAAGUCCCAUCAGGUCCUGGCUCAACUGCUGGACACUCUGCUGGUCAUCGGCACCCAGCUCCCAGAAAGCCUUAUUGUUAGACACAGACUCAUAGAGGUGGCCUACAAGCACCUGUCAGACACAUAUUUCGGUGUGAGGAAUAAAUGCCUACAACUUCUGGGUUGCCUGGGAAACGUGGACACGCCCCUAAAUAAAGAUGGACAGGGAUUGGUUCCAGCUGUUAUUGGGGGAAGUGCUCCAGGGGUGUCUGGUGGAGUGUGUGUGAGAGACGCGCAGAGCCUCAUCAGUGACUACUUUGCAGACCAGGACCCAAGGGUGCGCACGGCGGCCAUCAAAGCCAUGCUGCAACUGCAUGAAAGGGGACUGAAGAUUCAACAGACCAUUUAUGAUCAGGCCUGUCAGCUGCUGUGUGAUGACUAUGAGCAGGUUCGUUCGGCUGCCGUUCAGAUGGUGUGGGUCCUGAGUCAGCUCUAUCCAGAGAGCAUUGUGCCGAUUCCGUCGUCCAAUGAGCAAGUCCGUCUGGUCGACGACUCGUUUGGGAAGAUCAGUCACAUGGUCUCUGAUGGAUCCUGGGUGGUCAGGGUGCAGGCUGCCAAAACACUGGGUAACAUGUUGCAGGUCAGUCCUCACUUCCUAGAGCAGACUCUGGACAAGAAGCUGAUGUCAGACCUCAGGAGGAAACGUACUGCUCAUGAGCGUGCCAAGGAGCUCUAUGCGUCAGGUGAGUUCUCCUCUGGGAGGAAAUGGGCUGAUGAUGCUCCCAAGGAGAAGGUGGACACCUCAGCUGUCAACCUGAUCGCCUCGGGGGCAUGUGGAGCCUUCGUACACGGACUGGAGGACGAGAUGUACGAGGUGCGUAUUGCUGCUGUGGAUGCACUCUCUGCUCUUGCCCAAUCAUCUGCCAGCUUUGCCGAGAAGUGCCUGGACUUCCUGGUUGACAUGUUUAAUGAUGAGAUUGAGGAAGUCAGGCUGCAGUCCAUCCACGUCCUGAGACAGAUCUCUACUAACAUCACCCUGAGAGAAGACCAGCUGGAUACUGUACUGGCUGUACUAGAGGAUUCGUCUCGUGACAUCAGAGAGGCACUACAUGAGUUGCUGUGUUUCACCAAUGUGUCGACUAAAGAGUGUAUCCAACUGGCCCUGCUGGAGCUGCUGAAAAACCUCACCAAGUACCCCACCGACCGCAACUCUGUCUGGAAGUGUCUAAAGUUUCUAGGUUGUCGUCAUCCAACCCUGGUGUUACCGCUGGUUCCAGAGCUGCUCAGUACUCACCCCUACUUCCACACCCCUGAACCAGACAUGGACGACCCUGCCUAUAUUGCAGUGUUGGUGCUGGUGUUCAACGCGGCUCAGUCUUGUCCCACCAUGACAGCUCUGUUCUCAGACCACACCUUUAGACACUACACCUACCUACGGGACAGCCUCUCUCACCUAGUACCUCCUCUCAGGUUACCAGGGAGGACGCAGGCCCCAGGUGUGAGUGGUAUAGAAGGUUCCGGCAGUGUGGAGUCUGCUCAACUGUUCCUCCAACAGAGUCUGAGCAGAAUUAGCACUAUACACAACCUACAGGACCCCGGGGCUCAGGACCUGCUCAACUUUACUAUCAGAGACCUACAGAGACUAGGGGAGCUACAGACAGAGCUGGCAGGAGCUGCUGACUUCUCUGCCACCUACCUCCGCUGCCAACUACUGCUCACCAAGGCCUUGCAGGAGAAGUUGUGGACUAUGGCCGUCCCCCUCUGCCUUAAACACAACGCCAUGGCAACUGCUGCUGCCAAACAGAUGUUGGAGGAGACAUAUAAACUGGAGUUCCUAUAUAGUGGUCUGGAGAACAGACAGGUGGCCACCAUACUCCACGUCAGACUACAGGCUAAGGCCUUACAGCUAGUCCUGACUGCCCGUACCAGACGAGGAGUUGAACCUCUCAUCAGUGUCUGUGAGAAGUUCCUUCAGGAGGUGGAAUCCUUUCAGAGGCUGUUUGUGGUGGAGCUGCCCCACCUCCAGGAAAGUUUUGUGGGGAAGCUGUUGGACUUGAGUCCCAAGCUGUCGGCCUGCAAGCCUGGAGAACUAGUCAAGAUCCUUCAGACCACAUUGAGACAGAGUGGCUUCUUAAACCUUCAAUUACCUAAACAGGUCCAGCGUGCGUCGGCGACCAUCAUCGAGCCGACAGGAGAGUCUGACAACCCGCUGCGUUUCACAUCUGGCCUGGUGGUGGCACUAGACAUCGAUGCUACGCUGGAGCACGUGCAAGACCCCCACAACACUGUCAAAGUACAGGUGCUGUAUCCAGACGGCCAGUCUCAUGUGAUUCAGCCUAAACCUGGAGACUUCAGAAGUCCUGGACCACACCGCCACCGCCUCAUCACACAGGUCUACUUGUCUCACUCUGCAUGGACUGAGGCGUGUCAGAUCGAGGUGAGGCUGCUGCUGGCCUACAGCUCAUCUCGUCUCUGUAAGGCGGUGUGGAGCGACAGCAGCACUGAAGGCCUCCAGCCAGCAGAGGGUGCCACUGAGGGAACCAUUCCCUUCGGCAAACCUGUCAAGGUCUUCAUCAUGCCUAAACCUGCCCGCCGCUGACCCCAAACACCUAAGCAUCCAUCUCGCUUUCUCUCUCUCCUCUAUCUUGUCUGUUGUUUUCUCCCUCUCCCACCCCUGACCCUCUAGUCCUCAGCCAUUGGCUGUUCCUUACUGCAUACAUAUUUACUUAACAAUAUGUUUAUAUUGUUAGUGUGUAACUGUGUGCCACUCCUGGCUGACUGCUCAACUAGAUUGAGGAUGCAUCCUAUAUAGUGCACUACUUUUGACCACUAAAGGAAAAAGGGUGCUAUUUGGGAUUUCAUCCUGAGACUGGGCAAGAGAAUCAUUGAGGUCACCUGUCUGAUCUGUGUGUUGCUAUUCCUGCUAUAGUUAAGGGCCAUUUUUCUUUGAAUGACAAUAAAUGAAACCAGAUGACAAAAACAA